AUGCCGACGGUAAAUAUCGUGGAGGUCGGCCACGUGGUGGUGCCACAACCGGAGGACUUGGUAGUCAGGCUAUCCGCGCUGGACGCGCCGUGGGUGGCGAACCCGCUAAUCCAGCGCGUGCUCCUCUUCGUCCAUGACGCCGGCGGCCAGCAGCACCCGCCCUUCGAGUCGCUCAUGGGCUCCCUCCGCGCGUCCCUCGUGGCCACGCUCGCGCGGCUCCCCCCGCUCGCCGGGAGGGUCGUCUUCCUACCGUCCACCGGCGAUGCCGCCAUCGACUGCUCCGGCCCCGAGGGAGGAGGCGGCGUGCGGUUCGUGGUCGCGGAGAGCGACGACACGGACGUGCGGCGGCUAGCGGGGGACGCGGACCACGACAUGGACGCGUUCGAGGCGCUCGUCCCGGAGCUCAAGGUGGAGGCGCUCCCCGCGGAGGUGCUGGCCGUGCAGGUCACGCGGCUCAAAGGCGGGGUGGCGGUCGGCGUGGCUCUGCACCACGCCGUGGUCGACGGCCGGUCGGUGUGGAUGUUCCUGCAGGCAUGGGCCGCGGCCUGCCGCGGCGAUGAUGAUGCUGCCGUGGCUACCAUGACGUUUGACCGCGCGGUGGUCGCCAUCCCCGGCGGCGAGGAGCUGGCGAGGAGCACGCUGCGGAAGUAUGCGCCCAAUCUGCCGCUGGCCGCCAACAUGUUCCUUAGCGCCCCAAUUAAACUCCCUCGUCGGACGUUCACCAUCACCGCAAAGCACAUCCAACACCUGAAGCAAUGCAUGUCCGGCCAAAUGACCUCCGGGAAGCCCGCCACGGCACCCAUGCCAUCCAGCUUUGUGGCUAUCGCAGCGCUCGCCUGGGUGUCCUUCGUCCGUUCCAAGCACCCGACCGCCAUCGCCACCAGGCACAACGUCUACCUCUUCUUCUUCAUCGACUGUCGCGGGCGGCCUGGCAUUGACCCGCCUGUGAGUGAGAACUACUUCGGGACGUGCAUCACCGGGUGCCUCGUCAAGGCCAUGGCACGGGACCUUCUCGCGGUUGACGGUGUCGCAGUUGCCAUGGAGGUGAUUCAGCGGGAGGUGCAGCGAACAGCCGAGGACCCGCUCGGCCUUUGGGACUGGAUGGACAUUGUGUCAUGGGUGCCACUCGACCGGUUGGUGGGCAUCAACGGGUCCACGCGGUUCAAGGCAUACGAGGUGACCGACUUCGGUUGGGGUGCACCGAGCAGGACGGAGGUGGUCACCAUGAGCGACGGGCGGGUGGUGCUGGUCGCCGCCAAAAACGGCGGAGUGCAGGCGUCCGUGUGCAUGCACCCGGAUCAUGCACGCUCAUUCAACUCUCACUUUCUUGAUUCUCUAGGUUGA